AUGGGCCAGCAGAAUCCUCCGCAGGGAGGAUCGCGGAAGAUCUCCUUCAACGUGUCCGACCAAUACGAGAUCCAGGAUGUCAUCGGUGAAGGUGCUUACGGUGUCGUCUGCUCCGCCAUUCACAAGCCAUCCAGCCAAAAGGUCGCCAUCAAAAAGAUUACCCCGUUCGACCACUCCAUGUUCUGCCUGCGCACAUUGCGCGAGAUGAAGCUGUUGCGGUACUUUAACCACGAGAAUAUUAUCUCCAUCUUGGAUAUCCAACGGCCCCGCAACUACGAGGGCUUCAACGAGGUGUACUUGAUUCAGGAGCUGAUGGAGACUGAUAUGCACCGAGUCAUUCGGACACAAGACCUGUCGGACGACCACUGCCAAUACUUUAUCUACCAGACACUGCGUGCCCUCAAGGCAAUGCACUCCGCCAACGUGCUCCACCGAGACCUGAAGCCGUCGAACCUGCUGCUCAAUGCCAACUGCGAUUUGAAAGUGUGCGAUUUCGGCCUCGCACGAUCGGCCGCCUCUACUGACGAUAACUCCGGGUUCAUGACGGAAUACGUGGCUACUCGCUGGUACCGUGCGCCGGAGAUUAUGUUGACAUUCAAGGAAUACACUAAAGCCAUUGACGUAUGGAGUGUGGGCUGCAUCUUGGCCGAGAUGCUGAGCGGCAAGCCUCUGUUCCCAGGAAAGGACUACCACCACCAGUUGACCCUGAUCUUGGACGUUCUCGGCACGCCAACGAUGGAAGACUAUUACGGCAUCAAAUCCCGACGGGCACGCGAGUACAUCCGGUCCCUCCCCUUUAAGAAGAAGAUUCCCUUCCGAGCACUCUUCCCCAAGAGCAACGAGCUGGCCCUGGACCUGCUCGAAAAACUGCUGGCCUUCAACCCGGCCAAGCGCAUUUCCGUCGAGGACGCCCUGCGCCACCCGUAUCUGGAGCCAUACCACGAUCCCGAGGAUGAGCCCACCGCACCCCCGAUCCCCGAGGGAUUCUUUGAUUUCGACAAGAACAAGGAUGCGCUGAGUAAGGAGCAAUUGAAAUUACUCAUCUACGAGGAAAUCAUGCGGUAA